GCAACAAAGGCGACCGUUUCAAAUUGGGGGCUUUGAUACUCCUCCAACAUGCCUUCGGGAACCUCGGGAACCAAAGGGCAUGUAAGAAUCAAGGCAACUGUCUGCCUGGAACGAGGCGUCGUAUGGCGGGCGUCUGACCGAGGUCAUGUGAUGGGCGUAUUGAAGAGCAAAUUGGGGGUUGGUGGUAGCGGCGAGGCAGAGCCAGGCGCAGCCCCGGCUGAGGCUGUUUUAAUUUUAUUUUUUCGGUUGUAUGCCGCCUGCGACUCUGGAUGCUGGCGCGUUCCCGUGGUUUGUCGCCUUGCUGCUCAAAGGAGCAACAACCUGUCGCAAGAUCGGAUUGUAUUGCCUAGGCGCAUCGAGAGGCGUCCCGGAGCCUGCAUUGGAUGCAAGAAUUGA